AUGGAUAAGAAGAUAGUGCGCAAAGGGCCGCUGCCUGGGGGUCGCCGGGGCGCGUCUGGAGCUGGCGCUGGACGCGGCAGCAUGCGGGUCGCCAGCCGAGCGCGAGGAGCUGCACGGUCACCUAGCAGCCCUCCGCAUCCAUCAUCCCCACCAGAAGGCUUGGUGUCGGCUGGGUCUUCUCGGACUCAGCAAGCGGCACCCGCCGCUGGUGGAGCACGUCGCAUGCGUUGGUCACAAGCAAUGAAUGCAAACGCAUUGCGGGCGUACUUUAGGGCAAAAGGGGAAGAAACUGGAUGUUUGGCGUAUCGGGCUAGGAUGCAUCGUCUUUUUGCUGAGCUGGAGCCAUCUUUAACCGUCACAGAGCAAAACCUGGCAGACCGAGUUCGGUAUAUCUUGCGCUCAAAUAUAUUUGAUGUCGCCGAACUCGAACGGCUACGACGUGAGGCUGUUCCCUCGUCGGAUGAGAAUGCUACGGCUGAGGAUGCGGCGCCACAAAUGGUAGAGCAACCCGCAAACGUGGAUGCCGCCGUGAAUACCCCAGUUGUGGUUGAUUCAAACGAUGAUGGAACAGUCGCCCAGGAACUGGAAUUAGAGCAUAUGAGGAGUACAUUGGAAGAGGCGAUUGUGGAAACGCGCAGUACGCCUCUCGAAAAUCGACCGCGACUUCCCCGCAUAGCCCUAAGCAAGCGGAAUCGGGCUGUCGUGAGGGCUCUGAACCCAAUGCUGGUGACCUAUUUGGAAGCCAGCCGGGACCUUUGCGAGACGGACUCAAUUCUUUUUGGCGCCGCGCUGGCAACCUGCCGUAUCAUAGGCGCCAAGGUUUCCACGGCUGGACGCGCUACUGGCCAUAGUAGCGCUAUCCCAGCAUGGAGAAGAAGAAUUGAGGAACGUAUCGCAAAGGCUAGAGCUCUCAUCGGCAGACUGAUAUGCUUCAGAUCAGGCAACAACAGGCCAAGAAUUGUGCGCACCGUCAGGAUGGCGUUUGCUGGGACAAAUGUCAGUUUGUCCCAGCCGGAUAUAACGCAAAAAUUGACGGAGCGCAUAGAUGAUCUGAAGCAGAGAAUCGCUGCUUGGGGAAAGCGGAUUCGGCGAUAUACCGAGAGGUCGACACGGUUCAACCAGAAUCGUCUCUUUCAGAGUGAUCAGAAGAGGCUCUAUGAAUCAUUGGAGCGACCAAUGGUAAGUGGAACGGGUCCAGCACCGAAUCAGGCCGACACUGUAGCAUUCUGGCGCGGCCUGUGGUCAGAGCCCGUAAACCACAGCGAGGGCCCUUGGACGGAAGUUGUGGCGAGUCAGUGUGCGGGUAUUACGCCCAUGGACCCCGUCAUCAUAACGCCGGAUGACGUAGCUGAGGCGGUCCGUAGGGCCCCGAACUGGAAAAGUCCGGGGCUUGACGGGCUGCAUCACUACUGGCUGAAGGGGUUCAUGGUGUGUCACUCUGUGCUCGCCCGACAGUUUCAAGAGGCUCUCAACCAGAAGUCGCUCCCAAGCCUCUUCACUACUGGGAUCACUCAUUUGGUUCCUAAAGACCAGGGUACCACAGACCCGAGCAAAUACCGCCCCAUCACGAGACUAGCUGGUGAGGAAACUACAGCAACAUGUGGCUCGAAACCGAAACCUGCUUCACUUCGCUGGGAUGCUUUAUGA